AUGAGUACAAAGUCAUGGUUUUCUAAAAAGAAAACAAAAUACAAGAACAACGAAAUUUUCCACAUACGUCAUUUUGGUAGAGGGAUUUACUAUGACAUCAAGAAUCGGUUAGUAUCUUACUACAUUUCAGACAUUAAAGAAGGUUUGACUUAUAGAACCAUUCCCUCAACAAUUUAUAUAUUUUUCACUAAUUUGUUACCAGCCAUUGCAUUUGCCCAGGAUAUGUUUGAUCAUACGAAAAACUCCUACGGGGUAAACGAAAUUCUAUUGUCAUCAGCAAUGGCUGGUAUUAUUUUUGGGUUGUUUUCUGGCUCUCCCCUUUGUAUUGUGGGAGUGACAGGUCCAAUUUCUAUCUUCAAUUACACAGUCUACGAAAUCAUUGAACCCAAGGGUAUUCCUUAUUUUCCUUUUAUGUGCUGGAUUUGUUUAUGGUCUAUGCUGUUUCACUUUCUUCUAGCAUUCACAAAUGCAGUGAAUUUUAUGAGAUAUGUGACCAAAUUUUCUUGUGAUGUUUUUGGGUUUUUCAUUAAUAUUGUCUAUAUACAAAAGGGGAUUCAAAUUUUGUCUAAUCAAUUUGAGAAGGGAACAGUAGCCAGUGGGUUUGCAUCUGUGAUGGUGGCAUUAUUGAUGGGGAUAUUUGGGAUAUCAGCCCAAUUUUUCGGUUCGAAAUCUCAAUAUUUGCCUUACAAGAUCCGGACCUUUAUACGAGAUUACAGUACGCCACUAUGCGUUGUCUUUUUCACCGGAUUUAUCCAUUUCGGAGGUUACUUGAAUAACGUGGACUUUAUCAAGCUACCGAUUACCAAGACCUUUAGACCAACAGAUACAGUCAAUAGAAGAGAUGACUGGUUCAUCAGAUUUUGGGAGGGAGUAACCGUUGGUAAUGUGUUUUUGGCUGUUCCAUUUGCUAUAUUGUUGACUGCUUUAUUCUAUUAUGAUCAUAAUAUUUCGUCAUUAAUUUGCCAGUCUUCUGAGUUUCCCUUGAAAAAACCAGCAUCCUUUCAUUACGAUUUUCUGUUAUUGGGGAUCACAACAGGAGUUUCGGGUUUAAUUGGUAUACCAGCACCUAAUGGACUAAUUCCACAAGCACCCUUACAUACACAUUCCUUAUGUGUCUAUGAAUUUGAUCCUAAGACAGGGGCGAAUAUAAUAUCGAAAGUAGUUGAACAAAGAUUGAGUAACACAUUACAAGGUUUGAUGACAUUGGGUAUGAUGACUCGGCCAUUGUUGGUUGUUUUGGGGACUAUUCCUCAAUGUGUGUUAGCUGGACUUUUUUGGAUUAUGGCCAUUACAACCAUCGAUGGAACAGAUGUGAUGAAAAGACUCAGGUUUCUAUUUCUAAAUAAGGAAUGGAAGAAAAAAUUAGCCCAAAUUGUAAUUGCUGAUUAUCGGGCAGAACAGGAAAGAAAAGCAAUGUCUUCUUUAGGAAAUGGGUGUAUUAAUUAUGAAAAUGAAUCAGAUGUCGCAUUCUCAAGAACCAGAGGAGACAUUCCUUCAACCGAAUGCAGCAGUCGAAAGGAAAACACAUCCACAACAGAAGAGAAAGUCGAGCAUAUCGUACCUGCUGAUUUUCCAUAUGAAUAUUACAUUACGGAGCCGAAAUACUUUAUCAUAUAUUUAGUUUUUGAGCUUCUAGCAUUUGCUGGGGAGUAUAGUAUCACAUGUACCAAGGGUGCUAUUGGUUUUCCUGGCGUAUUGAUUUUAAUCUUGGUGUUGGUACCCAUCGUUUUCCCCAGGGUAUUCCCUAAAGAGCAAUUAGACUUACUAGAUUCCGAAGCUGCAGAUGAACUAAUUCUUGAAAGCUUAAAACUAAAAAAGCAAACUUCAGAAACUGAAAAUGUUUCUAGUAUAGAUUACGAAUUAGGUCAUCUUAACUCAAUGACAGGUAGAUAA